AUGUUGAAUCUUCAGUCCACCAGCCCGACAGGAUUCAACCGGACGCGUCGCGUGCAGAAGUUCCAGCACACUGCAGAGCUGAACGGCAUCGCAUCAUCCCCAGAGCCUGGCGUCUUUUCCUCCGCCUGCAGCGAUCGCUCGAUCUGUCUUUGGCGCUAUGGCUCCGAGGCGCCGGUUGGUCAACUGCAUGGCCACACAGGACAAAUCUACUCGGUUGACUAUUGCCCGGCCGGGUCUACAUUGCUGUCAGCAUCUGGGGAUGCGACCGCACGCCUGUGGGACAUCGCCUCUGAGCAGGAGAUACUGUGUCUGCGAGGACACAUGCGGGAUGUGAACUCAGCCGCCGUGUCUCCGGAUGGGCGCGUUUUGGCAACGGGAUCUGACGAUUACAGCUUCGCGCUGUGGGACCGUGCGUCUGGUAAGAUCACCCAGCACUGGGAUGGGCGACGGGGAGACGGCCAUUCAGGCAGAGUUUAUUCGGUGGCCUUCUCGCCUGAUGGCUAUCACCUAGCUACUGGUGCGGUUGACAAGAGGGCCAAAGUUUGGGACACUCGCACUGGAACCUGUCUCCGCUGCUACAGCGGGCACUCCGACCUUGUUAAUGCAGUUGCAUUCUCUCCCGACGGAAAGUUCUUGGCGUCAGCUUCGGAUGACUUCACGUCGCACGUUUGGAUGCUCGAUGCGUUGCAGGGGUGCUUGGCUGUCUACCAACAUGAAUCUGAGGUGGUGUCGCUAGCUUUUUCGGGAAGUGGCCAUACCCUGGCAACAGGAACCCACUGCGGCGAUAUCUGCCUUUGGGAUUUGACCUCACACCAACAGACAGGAUGCUUAGGCGUUCGCCAGGAUUUGGAGAAGCCCACCAGAUACGACAGGGUCACAGCCCUUUGUUUUCCACCCACAUAG